AUGGCCAAGAUCAAGAUUGGCAUCAAUGGAUUCGGAAGGAUUGGCCGCUUGGUUGCCAGAGUUGCUCUGCAGAGAGACCACGUUGAACUUGUAGCUGUCAACGACCCUUUCAUCAACAUUGAAUACAUGAGCUACAUGUUCAAGUACGACAGUGUUCACGGGCAAUGGAAGCACCACGAGCUUAAAGCAAAGGAUGAUAAGAGCCUUCUCUUUGGUGACAAGCCUGUCAGAUUAGUCAGACCAAAGCUUGCUAGACUGAAAUUCCAAUUGGAUUGUCCAUUCAUUUCGACUAGGGAGCCUGAAGGGAUCCCAUGGGGCGAGGCUGGUGCUGAAUUUGUGGUUGAGUCCACCGGAGUGUUCACUGAUAAGGAGAAAGCUUCUCUCCACUUAAAGGGUGGUGCAAAGAAGGUUGUGAUUUCUGCCCCCAGUAAGGAUGCUCCCAUGUUUGUUGUGGGGGUCAAUGAGAAGGACUACACCCCAGAUCUUAACAUUGUUUCCAAUGCCAGCUGCACCACAAACUGUCUUGCUCCAUUGGCAAAGGUUGUUCAUGACAAAUUUGGUAUUGUGGAGGGUCUUAUGACUACCGUCCAUUCUAUUACUGCCACUCAAAAGACUGUUGAUGGACCAUCAAUGAAAGACUGGAGAGGUGGUAGAGCUGCAGCCACCAACAUCAUUCCCAGUAGUACAGGAGCUGCCAAGGCUGUUGGUAAAGUGCUGCCUGCACUGAAUGGGAAGUUGACAGGAAUGGCGUUCCGUGUUCCCACUGUUGAUGUUUCGGUGGUUGAUCUCACCGUGAGACUUGAGAAGAAGGCCACUUAUGAUGAGAUUAAAGAUGCCAUCAAGAAAGAAUCUGAGGGCAGCAUGAAAGGAAUCCUUGGAUACACCGACGAGGAUGUUGUGUCGACUGACUUCGUGGGUGACAACAGGUCGAGCAUUUUCGAUGCCAAGGCUGGAAUUGCUUUGAAUGACAACUUUGUGAAGCUUGUAUCUUGGUAUGACAACGAAUGGGGUUACAGUGGUAGUGAUGGAGUAGAGGUUGUGAUGGUGAUGAAGGUGGAGUUGGUGGUUGUGGUAGUGGUGGUGGUAGGGAUGUCGCUUGUAGAGGUGGUGGUAGUGACAACAUGGUGGUGGAGGUGGCAGCAUGGUGGUGGAUGUGGAGGUUUUGGAGGAGGUGGUGGUUGUGGUGGUAGUGGUGGUGGUGGUGGAGGUGAAGGUGGAGUUGGUGGUGGUGGAUGA